CUCUGAUUUUUGACAUCUAAUAAAUAAAAAAGAAAUUGUUGCACGAUUUUCUUAACUAAAAGUUUUUCUAUUAAUUGAAUUUAGUAUAUAUAAUGGCAAAAUUAGAAAAUACCACAGUUAAAAAGCCAAAAGGUAAAAAAAGAAAACACACCAAUACCGAAACAGAAGAUGAAGUAGCAAAUAAAAGUGUAAUUGUGGAGGCUAACAAUGAUGAAGAUGAACCAAUGCAAACAAAUACAGAAACUGAACAAGUAAUUACAAAGAAGACUAAAAAACGUAAGAAUAAAGAGAAAGGAGACAUUCAGGAAAAACGCAGCAAAUCGCAACAAAAUGAUGCUGAUAAUGAGCCAGCCAAUGAAGACCACGAGGUGGCUGAUGAUUUGCAUGAACCCACAUUGGAGGAGUUAAAAGAAAGUGAGAAGCCCGAAAAUAAUUUAGCCAUAGUAACUGGCCGACAAAAGAAGAAACAAAAGCAUCAGAAAUUAGUUGAUGCUCAAAAGGGUCAAUCUGCUGAAAAAGAAAAACAGCGUAAUGCUGAAUAUUUAAACAAAUGGAAGAAUGCACGUGAUAGUUGGAAAUUUGAAAAACUGCGACAAAUAUCGAUACAGCAGACUAUGUUUGAAAGUGAUAAACUGGACGAUGAUGUAUGGUCAAUUGCUUUGGAAUAUUUGGCCGGCAGCAAAGGCUCUGCCAAAGAUAAAAUAGUCAAAUUGGCAAAUGAUGUUAUCGAAGAGGUAGACAAACUAUGUGAACAGCAAGAAUCAGAAGAGCAAAAACAAUCAAUAUUUAAUUCAGCUAAAUACCAAAGAGCUAGAGAUUUACUACAAAUAUUCGAUUAAUUUUGACGUACAUAUAAAUAUAACACUAAUUGAAUAGUAAAGUGCGAUUUUGUGUUAUAAAAAUAAACUGUUUACCUGAAACUAAUAAAAAAAGGAUUAGAAAUUAUUUUUGUAAAAUUAUUCAUUUCAAAUAAAGACUAUAAUUUUGUUACAGAA